GAUGAUGCGCGGCUUUCUGUCUUCAGGAGCGUAAUCAUGGCGGCACUGCUGCAGAUGUUGCUGUGAACAGAUUGCGCCUGUGUUCGAGUCCCCUUGAAUCAUCUGAAGUUGAGAUCAUGAGCAGCGGUACUCCUUACAUCGGCAGUAAGAUCAGUCUGAUCUCUAAAGCUCAGAUUCGCUAUGAGGGAAUAUUGUACACUAUAGACACUGAUAAUUCCACUGUGGCCCUGACGAAAGUGAGGUCUUUUGGAACAGAAGGGCGGCCGACUGAUCGGCCUGUGCCACCGAGGGAUGAGAUCUUUGAGUACAUCAUCUUCAGGGGAAGUGACAUCAAAGAUAUCACUGUCUGUGAGCCUCUGAAGAUUCACCAUAGUCUUCCUCAGGACCCUGCUAUUGUUCAGUCGUCUGUCGGGACGUCGUCCGUUCAUCACCCUUCACAGGGCAGCUACAGUCCUUACAGAAGCAUGCUGCCCUCAUACAGCCAGCUAGCGGCCAGCUCCCUCUUCAGCCAGCAGUAUGCAGCAGCUCUGGGCCUUGGGUCUGGUCUGCAUGGCGUUCCUGCGAGGAGAGGCCCAAUGGUUGAACAGGCUGUUCAGACUGUGCCUGCAGAAAAAUCAUCACAGAAGAAGGGUUUGACUGGAGCGCAGCAGCAGCAAGGCGGAGAAACGGGCAGAGCGCAGAGAAGCGGCAGAGGAAGCCAGGCCCAGAGCGGUGCUGCCAUCAGUGAUGCACAGCAAGGAGCCUUAAAGGAACCGAGUCAAGCUAAUGAUGAGAACAAGCCUCCAACAAGCAGGAGAAAACCGGGAACUCGACGGUCCAGGAACCGUGGCCGAGGUCAAAUCCUUGUAGGCAACGCAAAGCCCAGCACCCUGCAGUUUGAAUCCGACUUUGAUUUUGAAAUGGCAAAUGCCCAGUUUAAUAAAGAUGACCUGGAGAAAGAGAUUGAUGGCAAGCUCAGUGUUCAAGAACCAAAAGAGACCCCAGAAGAAAGGAGCAUUAAAGAGCAGGAAAAGCCUGACACUGAAAAUGAGGGCACAGUUGAAGAGGAUCCACUUGGGCCCAAGUGCUUUUACAAUAAAGCGAAAUGCUUCUUUGAUAACGUCUCCUCAGAACUCAAGUCAAGGAGUACCACAUGGGCUGAGGAAAGAAAACUUAAUGUAGAGACCUUUGGGGUUCCCGGUCGGUUUCUGAGAGGCCGUGGUUUUCGGGGUACUGUCAGAGGGCGACUAGGCCGAGGGGCCGUGCAGCAUCCCUUUCCACAAACAGUGGGGAGUGGACGGCUAUGAGACCUGAAAUAUACAUUGCCUUCCUCUGGGACAUGGCUGAUUUGGUCUUGUCUGAGUUUGAUUCUCGUCAUCUCUUUCUCCUGUAAAAAAAAAAUGGCUACAUUGUUGUUUUUCAUGUGUUUAAAUGGCCUUUUUCCUUUUUGUUUAAUGUGUGUAAAUAAUCUUGCAACUUUAAUGUGAAUGCACCAUAAUCGAUCAGUUUUUUGGGUUUUUUUUGCAUUUGAAUUGGGAUGGCACUUUUAUUUGCAUGUAUGGCCAAUUAUAUGGCUAUACAGGAAUAUCUAUUUAGAUGGAGUAGAUAAACAGCCUAUGGUAUGUGGUCCCCGAUACAUUAUUUAUUACCCUUUUUCCGUGUGUGUAAAAUUGUAAGGGGAUCUUGUUCUUGAUUGUGAUUUUGUUAAUAAACGUAGGAAAUGAUCAUUUUCAGUCUGUAUGCUUGAUCGAGGUACCAGUAUGCUGGUUAAAUAAAUUGUAAGGA